UAGCCCGGGCAGCCCGGUCGUUCUCCUGACUUUGGUAUCAACAAGGUGGCACUACGCCUCUCGCUGAAUAACAGCAACAUCAUGGCCUCGACUGGAGACGCACUGGAAGAAUUCUUCGCAAAUUGUUCAAUCCAUGGUCUGAAGCACAUUGCAAAGAAAAGUGGAAAUCACUGGACAGAAAGGUUGUUCUGGGCAUUGUGCUGCGCUCUGUCAGGUUGGGGCUCCGUCCUGCUUGUCCUCUCAUCAUACGAGACUUUGCGGACCAACCCCUUGAGCUCCGUGGUUUCUACUUCGUAUCUGGACUGGUCCAUCAAUUUCCCGUCCGUUUCCGUGUGCGAGGUUGAGAACAACAACAAAUCGAAGAUUCUUGCCAGAGAGUACUUUGGCGAGUUUUACGACCUCAAUAAGAUGGGGGCGAUGCACGAUAUAGCAUUUUUUCGAGAUGCGACGCCAUAUUUGAAGAAGACUUGCCAAAAGAAGAAGAGUGUGUUCAACUGCUCCGGUAUCGACGUGCAGUCCACGGCCCGGGCGAUACGAAGUUCUUGCGAAGAAACGUUCGACCAUUGUCGAUGGAACGGAGAGGAAUUCAAUUGUUGCGAUCACUUCCUGCACCUCGAGACGGAACUGGGCGUUUGCUAUUCGAUCAAUAACUUACAAACAAAAAACAGAUCAGACCCAGAGACAUUUAUAGACCUGAAGUCAAACAGAAGCACUGGACCUGGUAUCCUACGCCUCGAUCUGAAGACGACAGCUAAAGUGUACAUCCACUCAAGAACCGACGUUCCGAAUUUGAACACGGAGCAAACAGAUGUCAUUGCCCUAGAAUCGAAGCCGAAGUCCCAAGACGAGGUGUUCCUGGUUGUACACGACACUGAGAACGAGGAAGGGGUGAGACACGUGGGCGCCGAGAGGAGGAAGUGCAAUUUCCCCUGGGAAGGGCGGCCCGAAUACUACCCGCAGUACUCGUACUCGGCUUGCAUCGUGGAGUGCCGGAGGAGGACCGAGAUGGCGCUCUGCAACUGCACCAGACACCUCUUGCCUCCCGCAGGGAAGACCGGCAAGGCUUGUGACAUUAAUAACAUAUUUUGCAUAAAAGAUAACGAAUAUUGGCUGUUAACCCUGGGACCACCCUGGACCACGAAUAGCAACGCCCUGAAAUGUCCCUGCCGUUCAGGCUGCGAGGAUAUUCAGAUCGACGCAAUUCAAAGCAGAAGCCAUGAAAACCCGAACGCCAGGGACUCUACUAAAUCCUCCGUCGAAAUGAACCUUCUCUAUCUGCCUUCAGAGAAGUACAAACGGACCGUGGUUCGAAGUCGACUGGAUCUUGUAGUAUCAAUGGGCAGCGCGUUCGCCCUGUUUUUUGGAGCCAGUCUCCUAAGUUUUGUGGAGAUCGUCUAUUACUGUACCCUACGAUUACGUCGACGACAACCUAACCAGAAGAAAAGUUUACCGACCCCUGAAGGGCGCAAGCAUCAACGAAUCAUCACGUCCGUGGUACAGAAUUCAUUUUGAAAAGCUGGUAGUCACUCAGCUAGUCAAGAAAGAUUUUUGUUCUUUUAUCUGUAGGUUCAUUACUGUGUUUGCAGAUGGACCCUAUCUUGAGCCACGUGAAUCCAUCGUACACACCAAUAAUCUCUAUUUUAAUAUUAUCCUCCUCUCUUCCCGUCAGAGCAUGGAGCACCGCCCCAUGCGUGCUACAUUUCCGCCCAUCUCACUCUCCUUUAUUUGACAAUCCUACUUCUGGUGAAUAGAACAAAUUUUGGGGAUCCUUAUGUAAUUUUCCUCAAAUGUUUAAUGUAAGAAUAUCCACAAUAAUUUCCUGUUAGUAUGAAUCAAAGAAAUUUUCACCUGAGAAGACGAAUUUUUGAAGCACAAUAACGAACUACAUACACAUCAGAAAUAAAGAUGAACGAUUAAUUUACAUCCAAAAUUAAAUGGAUUACGCAAACAUUUGUGUCUGGGUUCGGUGCCAACUGUUCUGAGAAUUGAGAACAUAUGCAGUUUCCACUCCUUGAAUAAAUGGGAACAAACACCACAUUAAAGCUUACAAAAAAAGUUCAACUGGAUUUUAAUUGUUCUUGAAGCCAAAUACGCACGCGAGAUUCACUACU